UAAUGAAACGAGUAAUCAGUUACUCACAUGUAUAUUAAUUCUAUGAGUUAUUUUAAUUACAAUAAUUCCUGUAACCGAAGAGUUACAUUACAGUGAUAGUUUUUUAAUUUACAUUGUAACUUGUUUCUGCUUACAAGCUUAUAUUGUAUGGUAAUUGGUAAUAUGAAUUCCACACUCCACAUUAUCCACAGUUAUAACUUGACAGUCUCGUAGUACAACCGUAUCUAUUAUUGCGGUAUCGUAUUGAUGACGUCAAAUUGUUUUGCCGUUUAUUUAGAUGACGCAAGCAAUUUAAGUGUGUGUUUACACUUAAAUAACAAUUAAUAUCAAAAAAUAAAAAUAAAUAAAUAAUUAUGUCAGCAAAAUCUAUAAAGAAAACAAAUAGUUCGGAGCCAUCGGCUUUGGGGAAGAUUUACCUCAUAGCCUACAAUGCUAUACAAACAUUGGGGUGGUCCUACAUGUUAUUGCAGUCGGUGACAUACUUUUUAGACCGCGGUACAUUGGAUAAUUAUUGGAAAGAAGUGAAAUGGACAAUAAUCAUAUUCCAGACAGCGGCAUUGUUAGAGGUAUUACACGCCGCGAUACGACUGGUCCCUUCCAGCGUGAUCGUCGUGUUGAUGCAGGUUUAUUCACGGGUUUUCCUCGUGUUCGGAGUCUUGCUGACCACUAACGGCGCUACAGUCAGCCCCGGCUUGCCACUCUGUGUCUUAGCUUGGUCCAUAACAGAAAUAAUACGUUACGCGUACUACGCCUUAAACUUGUUAAACACCGUACCACAAAUGCUAUUAUUCUUCAGAUAUUCAACGUUUCUCGUGAUGUAUCCUAUCGGGAUAACCGGAGAACUUCUAUGCAUGUAUCACUCUUUAGGUGAAAUAUCAGAAAAACAAUUAUUCACCAUAUCUAUGCCAAACAAGUGGAACUUUAUCUUUAAUUAUUAUUAUUUCUUAGUAUUCUACAUGCUAUUAUACAUCCCGCUGUUUCCAGUUCUCUUUGGUCAUAUGCAGAAGCAAAGAAGAAAAAUGUUAGGCGAUGGUUCGAAAAAAUCUGCAUAAAUUUAAAGAAAAUAAAUACAUUUUUAUUCUUAAAACCUUCUAUUUAUAAUUUCAUCUCUCAAAGUUUAAAUAAAACUCAUU